GGUAAGUUUGUUCUGAUUGCCUUUAAUUAAAUAGAUUUAUUAAAAAUAUAAGUUAAAUGUAUCAGUAUGUAAACUACGACCUACUGUCAUAGACACAUGUUCAGGAUGGAAAAAAAUUUUGCGUUUUUUCGAUCUCAUAUGAAAGAGCAAACAUUUCUAAGUAACAUGGCUUUUGGCGAUACAGUAACUACUUGACUGCAUAAUGACGCAAAGAUAUUCAAAAGAUGUUUGUCGUCCAGUGCAGCAAAGAUAUUUCAAAAAUAGCCCGAAACGUCCGGAUAUGAUGACUCAUCACUGAACAUGUGUCUAUAACAGUAGGUCGUAGUUUACGUGCAAUGGCUGAUAGACUCUUUCCCACCCCUUCACACAUCGUGCGAAACAGUGAAAAGCCUGUCUUAGAUUUAUCUUAUAUUUUUAAUAAAUUUAUUUAAUUAAAGGCAAUCAGAACAAACUUACCAAGGACAUUAUGGAAAACAUUUCGGUGAUUACCUUUGAAAAUGAAAUAUCCAGCUUGAUCGAGCAGUCUAAUACAACAAUACCGCCAGUAUGUGUCGUUGACAUUACUGGCGGAUCACAAAGAUCGCUUCAAGCUGAAUCGUCAGAAUAAACGCCAGAGCUGCUAAAUAGAAAAGACAAAUGGACCACUCAAACCAGAAAAUUAAUGUUAUCUAAAUUAAACCUGUGUAGCAUUUUGACAGUUUACACUGUUAUACUUUUGAUAUUAGCCGAAAUAUAAAAUAUGUAGCUAUCAAGUGGUUAUCUAAAAAGUUAGAAAGUAAGUGCAAACAUGCUACGAUCAUCUGUAAUAGAGAUGUGCACAGCUACCGUUUUCGUACCCGUACCCGACCCGCAGCUGACUUACGCCUAAAAGUUUUCACCUUUUUUUCCAGCUAAAAAUUUUUGUUUUUCGGCUGAAGAUGUCGAAUUAUCAUUACAUUCUCAAGUAAUUCUUUUUAACCCUUCAUAUAUUUUAGCUAAACUCCUGUAUUUUUCCACUAAAAUUGUGUGCGUUUUCCACUAGAACCUUCCGGUUUUCGGGUAAAUUAAAAAAAAGUAGAACCCGUACCCGACCUUCGGGUCGGACUGCACAUCUGUAAUCUGUAAUGAACUAUUAGCUCCGUUCGACGAAGUGAGCGGAAAACAUGAAAAACUGCCCUUGAUGGAUAAAUAAAGCUUACGUAAAGCAUGAAAAAUUUUUUAGAGAGUGAUUAGAUCGAUCUGCAUAGUGGCAGCUGAUUUUUAAAGCGUCGCAAGUACUCAUCGGCGAAUGCAGAUAAAUGGUAGAACUUUUUCUAUCAUUUUCAAUUUCGUAUUUUUUCAAUUUAUACUUUCUCUUGAGGAUUGAAUAUCCUAUUGAAAACUUUCCAGCAUUUAGGUGAAUAGUGAGACCAAUUUACUCUCUUAGAUUAUAGACGGAAAAAAAUCAUAGCAACGAAAUUAUUGCCGUUGAGAAUUGAGUUAGAAAUUUUGCCUCCCGAAGCUUUUAAAAAUACGUCGAAAAAAAUGUUCUUUCUCUUAAUACUUCUAAACGCAUAUCGUUUUAAUUCAAUUAUAUACUUACAAGAGACCAGAGUGGAGUUAUGAACUUUUUAAAGUAUAAGCAAGACUCUGGGCUGAGAAAAUAGAAAAUUCUUAACUUUUGAAAGAAGAGUCAUACACCCGAAUCCUUUUAGGGUUAUCACUAAAACACUAUAUAGACCGUUGAAAUCAGAGUUGGACAGUUGGCAGAGGUCCCUUGUUAGAUACCGAAUAUCACUUGGGUUUUGACAGAAAUACUGUGGAAAUCUGAAAUACAAAUUUUUAUUCUUUUCUAGGUGUAUAUAUUAUAGCAAAAAAUGAAAACAGUUCUCUUCCACUUCUGUCUGUGCUUAAUCUAAUAAUAUGUUUGUUUUUUCAUGUCUGAUAUUAUUAAGACAGAUCUAUUCUAAACUCGAUUUCGAGCUUUUGAGAAUUAGAUAGGAUACUAGAUGUUUCUUAGACUCGUGCACAUAAUUUAAUAGUGUGUGAUUCUAACUGCUCAAUGUAUAGCCAGUUAUAUUUGGACGUUAACAGACUGACAACGAUAUUUAAUUUAGGUACAAGAAGUAUAUUAAGUGAACAAACAAAAGGAGUAACGACUUCUCCUACAUGUGGUGUUGUCGAUCAACUGGACAAUAGGAUAUGGACCAACAUAGCCACCAACAGACGAUGGCCUCGUAGAUCGCUAACGUAUCGAUUUAAAUCAUAUACAUCGAAGGAUAAAAUCGAUCCACAAAAACAAAAACAGAUAAUCCAAAAUGCAUUCAACGAAUGGGCAAAAUAUUCAAAACUGACAUUUCAAAUCGUUUGUGAUACAUGUAAAUCAGACUUCGAAAUAAGUUUUGUAACCGGUGAUCAUGGUGAUGAACAUCCAUUUGAUGAAAACGAUAUGUCACAUGCAUUUUAUCCUACUGAUGGAAGAAUACAUUUUAACGAUAAAAUAAAUUGGACUGAAUCGUACGUAGAAACUGCACGUAACUGA